AUGGCAUCACAAAUAAGAAAGAACGUUGAAAUUUGGAAACAGCGAGAAGAAGAUCAUAAACAGAAACAACUUAUCAAUCCAUUCUCGGACUGGUCCGGAGCCACGCACAGACAGGCACUGAGCAAGGAUGAUCCCCGCUAUGGUCGCCCAGUCGAGGGCUCCAAGACGGAGUUCCGUGGUAAAAUGGCUGGUGAGCUGAUCAGCAGCGAAGUGAUGGAGCUGUGCGGUGUCAUAGCUAAUCUAGGAGAGAGACAUUCUAAUGGUGUGUACACGAUAUCCUUUGGUCAGUUAUUUGAAGCUUACACAUUAAUCUCCAAUAAACUAGUGGGCAUGUUGAUGAGGGCACGGAAACAGAAACUGCUGGACUUUGAGGGUGAAAUGUUGUAUCAGAGGAGAGACGAUGAUGUGAUCAUAACGUUGUAUGUUUUGCCCAAAAAAUCCAGUUAG